AUGGCACAUAAGAAAUCACUUGGAGCACUUAACUUUACACUGAAGGAUCUACGGCGAAAUAACAACAUCUUUGGCGGCUUGAUGAUAUUGUUGGCAGGAGAUUUCAGGCAGACGCUGCCAGUUAUUCCCCGUGGAACGCCUGCAGAUGAAUUGAAUGCUUGCCUAAAGGGAUCACCUUUAUGGAAUAACGUAAAAACAUUAUCGCUAACCACUAAUAUGAGAGUUCAACUUCAAAAUGAUCAAAGUGCUGCACAAUUUUUCAAACAAUUGUUAGCUGUUGGAAAUGGAAAAGUCCCAGUUGAUGCGACAUCUAGAUUAAUUAAUCUUACCAAUGACUUUUGCCGAUUUGUAGACUCUCAAUUACCUCUUAUUAAAAAUGUUUUCCCAAACAUUAUUGACAGUUAUCAGAAUUAUGCUUGGUUAAGUCAACGAGCAAUUCUUGCCACAAAGAAUAAUGAUACAUACAAAUCCGUUGAUUCUAUAACAAAUCCCAAUGAUCUAGUAAAUUAUCCAACGGAGUUCUUAAACUCUCUGGAGUUACCAGGAUUUCCACCACAGAACUUGCAACUCAAAGUUGGUACAGUUAUUAUGAUAUUGCGUAAUUUGAACUCACCGCGACCUUGGAACGGUACUCGACUUUUGGUAAAAAGACUUAUGCCGAAUUUGAUUGAGGCAACCAUUAAUAACGAAAAUUUAGUUCAAGUCGAUGAAGUUGAAGAAGUAAUACAGCUAAAUAAUGAAAGUAAUGUGGAAAAUGAUGCUAACCAGGGAGAAAAAACUAAUGAAAUAGUCAGUGAAGAAGAAAAUGAAAGUGUGAAAUAUGAUCAUGGAAACAAAGAAAGUGGCAGUUCAGACUCUGAUAGUAGCAGUAGUGAUGAUCAGUAA